UGUUGCUGGCACAGGCUCAGGCGUGUCUGGCGGACAGCUCAAGUGGGACUUGGGGCCGGCUGAGCCUUGCAAGGAGCCCCAGCUCGGGUUCUCGCCAAGAUGGCGAUAGAGGGGAGGGAGAGGCAAAGGCAGCGGCCCCGGCCCCGGCCCCGACUCCGGCCCCCGAGGCCGCGCCCCCGGAGCUGCGGCUCCCUGGGCCAGUGACACCGUGCGCCCGUACCCCGGCAGGCAGCGGCCGCGGCGCCCGGGGCUCCCUCCCAUGGCGCAGGGAGACGCCAGGCGCAGCCUUUGGGUGCUCUCGCUGACCUUCUGCGCACUGUCCGUCCACGGAGAGCAGCUGUUGUCACAGGAGACGUCCUUGGAGUUGGGCUGUGGCGUGGGACCACUGUAUGUGACCCUGGGGCCUGAGCAGGCAGUAGUGCUGAAUUGUAACCCUGCACCUGCCCCUUCUGGGCCUCCAGCCCGAGUGACCUGGCACAAGGAUGGGAGCCCAGUACAAGAGAAAAAACAUCUGCAUCUGCUGCCUAAUGGUUCCCUGUGGGUGUCCCAGGCAGCCCCCCAGGAGAGUGGCGAUGGAGGAGCCCCUGAAGUUCUAGGAGACAAUGAGGGCAAUUAUUCGUGCUUGGCCCACAGUCCCCUUGGAGUGGUGGCUAGCCAAGUGGCUGUGAUUAGGUUCUCCACACUGUCACAGUUUUCUCUCCAUCCGGAACCUCAGACUGUGGAAGUGAAUGGGACAGCCCGAUUUGAGUGCCGAAUUGAAGGGCUGCCAGCCCCGGUCAUCACCUGGGAGAAGGACCACAAGACAUUGCCAUCUGAGCCCAGACUCAUCACUCUUCCCAAUGGUGUCCUGCAGAUUGUAGAUGUGCAGGAGAGUGAUGCAGGAGCUUACCACUGUGUAGCCACCAAUGCUGCCUACCAGCGCUAUAGCCACGAUGCUGCCCUCAUUGUCCAUAAAGGUUCCCUGUUUUCCCCUAGUGUUGGGGAUGUAACAAUUGUAGCUGCACCAGAGAACACCACUGUAGUUGCUGGUCAGAGCGUGGUGAUGGAGUGCAUGGCUUCAGCUGACCCUACUCCCUUCGUGUCCUGGAUCCGACAGGAUGGAAAGCCAAUUUCUACAGAUGUCAUCGUCCUUGGACGCACCAAUCUUUUGAUUACACACACACAGCCCCACCACUCUGGUAUCUAUGUCUGUCGAGCCAACAAACCCCGUACCCGACAUUUUGUUACAGCUGCUGCUGAACUCCGGGUGCUGGCAUCUCCCAUCAUCUCCCAGGCCCCAGAGACAAUCUCCCGUACGAGGGCAAGCACAGCACGUUUUGUGUGCCAGGCAGAGGGUGAACCAGCACCAACUCUACAUUGGCUACGGAAUGGGGAACCACUGUUGUCCAAUGGAAGGGUCAAGAUCCAAGCUGGAGGAAGCAGCUUGGUCAUCACACAGAUUGGCCUGGAGGAUGCUGGCUACUACCAGUGUGUGGCCAAGAACAGACUGGGUACAGCAUGUGCCACGGCUCGCUUGACUGUCAUUGUCCGAGAAGGGCUUCCCAGUGCCCCCACCAAAGUGGCUGCUACCCCACUGACCAGCACCUCAGUUCUAGUAUCCUGGGAGCGACCAGAGCUGCACAGUGAACAGAUCAUUGGCUUUUCUCUUCACUAUCAGAAAGCACUGGGCACAGACAAUGUGGAGUACCAGUUUGCUGUCAACAAUGACACAACAGAGAUGCAGGUCCGAGACUUGGACCCGGACACUGACUAUGAGUUCUACGUGGUGGCCUAUUCCCAGCUGGGAGCUAGCCGCACCUCAGCUCCCGCCCUUGUUCAUACCCUGGAUGAUGUCCCCAGUGCUGCACCCCAGCUUUCUUUGUCAAGCACUACUCCUGGGGACAUUCGAGUGAGCUGGCUACCUUUGCCACCCUCCCUGAGCAAUGGGAAAGUUGUGAAAUAUAAGAUUGACUACUGCACACUAAGAGAAGAUCAAGUUAUUUCCACUGAGGUCUCUGGGAAUGAGACACAGCUCAUGUUAUACUCAUUACAACCCAACAAGGUGUACAGGGUGCGCAUUGCCGCAGGCACUAGUGCAGGAUAUGGAGCCCCCUCCCAAUGGACACAGCACCGAACGCCCAAUACAGAGAACCAGACUCACAUCCCCUUUGCUCCCACAGAUUUGAAGGUCAAGGCAAGGAUGGAAUCCUUAGUAGUGACAUGGCAGCCACCUCCUCACCCUAUCCAGAUCUCAGGCUACAAACUGUACUGGAGGGAGGUGGGAGCUGAGGAGACAAGUGAAGAGAGGUCUUCUGGUGGUGGGAGUCGUGCAGACCAGGUCUGGGACGUGGGGCCUGUCAGACUCAAGAAAAAAGUGAAGCAAUAUGAAUUAACUCAGCUAGCACCUGGACGAUUAUAUGAGGUGAAGCUUGUUGCAUUCAACAAACAUGAAGAUGGCUACGCAGCUGUGUGGAAGGGCAAGACAGAAAGGGCACCUGCAGCAGACCCACCAGUCCAGAAGAGCCCCCCUUUACCCCCAGCCCAUGUACAUGCAGAAUCUAACAGCUCCACAUCCAUCUGGCUGCGUUGGAAGAAGCCAGACUUCACCACAGUCAAAAUUGUCAACUACACAGUUCGCUUCAGUCCUUGGGGGCUCAGAAAUGCCUCCCUGGUCACUUACUAUACCAGUUCCGGCGAAGACAUCCUCAUUGGUGGACUGAAGCCAUUCACCAAAUAUGAGUUUGCAGUGCAGUCCCACGGGGUGGGCGUAGAUGGCCCGUUUGGGUCUGUGGUGGAACGGUCUACUCUGCCUGACAGACCUUCAACUCCUCCUUCUGAUCUUCGCCUAAGCCCUCUCACCCCAUCUACAGUUCGACUCCGCUGGUGUCCACCAGUGGAGCCCAAUGGGGUGAUUGUGGAGUACCUGAUCCUUUACAGCUCCAAUCACUCGAAGCCUGACCACCUGUGGACUCUGCUCACCACAGAUGGAAACAUCUUUAGUGCUGAAGUUCAUGGGUUGGAAAGUGACACUAGAUAUUUCUUCAAGAUGGGAGCACGCACAGAGGUGGGACCAGGGCCAUUCUCUGGUCUACAAGAUGUUCUCACUCUGCAGGAGAAACUUUCAGAUGUCCUGGAUGUUCAUUCGGUCACUGGUAUCAUAGUGGGUGUCUGCCUGGGCCUCCUCUGCCUCCUUGCCUGCAUGUGUGCCGGCCUCCGCAACAACUCCCACAGGGAGUCGCUCCCCGGGUUGGCCUCUCCCACCGCUGAGAACCCUCGGCUUUACUCCCGCGCCCAGCUGGGCCCGCCCGGCCCCCCUGCUGCCCACGAGCUUGAGUCCCUGGUGUGCCCUCACCCUCGGCUCCAGGACGGGUCCUUCUCGCCUUUCCCGGACCUCGACGAGGGAGCUGAGGUGCACAGCCUCAUGGGCGGCGGCGCUGAAGGUCGCGGCCACACCAAGAGAAAGGUCACAUGGGCUCACUCUGGAGGGCUGAGCUGGUCAGGAACCUGGGCGGGAUGCGGGGCCCCUCAGACGUGUCCUAACCCUGCUCUGACCCAAGCCCUGCUUCCCCCGGCUGGAGCAGGGCAGACUCUGAUCCUGCAGGCCCUGAUGUACGACGCCAUGAUGAAUGAUGGAAGAAAGAAACCACUUUCAUCCUGCAGAAACCAAGUGGAGGCUGAUGUCAUCGUCCACUCUGACUUCUCCGCAUCUGAAGGGCACCAUGAUCCUGAGCUCAGUGGCCCGGAGCCUCGGGACCCCACCCCCCCUGGUUCUCCAGCCUCCCCCUCCCAUGUCAGUGAGCAGGGGCCGGAAACACACUGGUCAAGCAGAGACCUGGGAGGAGGUGAGCUAGAAGCCACUGGGCCGGACAGGCAGACUCACCAGCCAGAGGCGGCUAGUGUCCAAGAUCUUUGUAAUGGCUUUCCCCAGCAUGGAGAUGCCCUGGAGAAAACUGCUCCUGAGUACCCUCACACCUGUAGGAGUGAGCAGCUGAAAAAGGGAUCCCCAACCCUUUCUGGACACCCCGAUGGCCUUCAGGGCAGCUCUUCCGGCCUCCACUCAUCCACCGCCCCCCAGAGCCAAUGGCCCUGAUUGGCGAAGCUUGGCGCCCAUUUGACCUGGACCAUGUGAAACAACAUUUGCAUUUGUGCAUCUGUAUGUGUACCUCCUCACUAAGCCAUGUGGAGACCUCCCUGGGCCUCGGGAGGAGCCAGUAGGUGCCCUGGAAGAGCCAGAUCUCCCUUGCCAGGAGUCUGCUCGUCCCAAAGUGCCUCCCUUCUCUCCGGGGUCAGCCUUCCCGCCCCUCGCGAACUAGGCUCCUGCAGCCCCCGCGGGGGUGCACACCUUGCGUUAGUGGUUGGGAGGAAGGGCGGGUGUUUGCUGGAGAAUCGUGGGCAUUUCCGUGGCUGUGCUCGGAGCUUAUGAGAAUGAGAGUUGUGGGUUAGUAGACGAUUUCUUUCUAGGACAGCCUCCGGGAACACCUCCCGUCGCUGCAGCCCGCCAACCUUUCCAUGACUCCACGUUUUUUAUUACACACUCUGAGAGUGUCUCUAACAUCCUGUCUUAGCAAGACAGUGACGCCCCUCGGCUGCCUCCCUCCCGGGCUGGGGCAGCAGCCCCAAGCAGGUCCGGCGCCUAACAUUCUGGGUGCGUCCCCUUUCUGCCACCUGCUUCAUGCUGUGUGUGCAAGGGACUCCGAGUCCUCUCUAAAACUGUUUGAUUUUAUUUUGAGCAAAGCCUGGUUUUAUAGCCACUUGCUAGUCUCCCUUGCCAUAUCCUGUCUCUCUCCCUUCCCUAGAACUCUUUCCCUCCUCUCUCCUUCCCCUUUCCCUUUUUCUGUCCCAUGCACCUAUUUAUCCUCAUCAUUUUGUCUAUGUCCCUCUGUCCUAUCUGUUUCCUAUUUCUCCUCCUCUUAUCUCUUUCCCUAUCGCCUUUCCCUCAUCCCAGCUCUCAGUCUCCCUCAGACUUCUCUUGUCCUCUUUCUUUCUCUCUUCUCUGCCUCUGUCCUCAUUUCUCCACCCUCUUGCUUGUCUCUUUUGUUCCCUGUAAAAGCCUUCCAUCUCGCCUUUGUUGUUGCUUUCUCUUUCUUGCCCUGUUUUUCUCUAUCCCUGAACUGUCUCUCUGAAUUUCUUUUUCCUAUUUUCCCACCCUCCCACAUUUUCUCUUUUCACGCUCUUUUCCCCAUCUUCCCAUUCUAUGAUUCUCUUCUCCCUUUUUCCUCUCUCUCUUUGCCUUUUGCUUUUCACCUCCCUUUUCCCCUCCCCUUUCUCUCUAUCAUCUCUCACUUCCUUCUUCCCUUCUUUUCUCUCUCUCUCACCUCUUCCUUCACUUCCCUUUUUUCUCUCUCUCAUCUCUAAGUUCUCUUCUUCCCCCUCCCCUCUCUCUCUAUCAUCUCUCACUUCCUUCUUCCUUUCUCUUUUCUCUCAUCUCUCACCUCCACCUCCUUUUCCCCUCUUUCAUCUCUCUCUCAAUCCUCUUCUAGUCUACUCUUUUCAUCUUUUCCCUGUCCUCAUCACCACCUCCCCUUUUCACUUCUCUUGUGGUUGGUUUUACAUUUCUCUCCUCACAACAGGACUACCUCACAUCUGUUUCAGAGGCUGAAGUGAUUCCCCUGCCCUAUCCAUCUGUAACUGGUUCUUGUACCACCUUUCUCUAAAAAUGCAACUAUGCCCACUGCAAUGACUUUAAAAAAGCACAGGCCACCUGCCUACCGGGUGUCUGUGUGGGAGGCUCACACCUCUCUGUGAAGCAUCAAUAUCCCUCUUCCAUUCUGGCCUUGGACCCAGUUAAUCUAAAAGAUUUCGGGGGGGGUGUUUUAAAUUUGGAGAAGUAGUGUCAUAAUCUCAAGUGAAUGUUCACGUGGCCACAUUCACCUGGAUAAUUAAUUUUAUCUCUGAUUUAACUUGCCAGUAGAGCAAAUUAUGAGAAAAUAUUGGAAGAGAGAAAAAGUUCCUUUCCAAAGCAAUAACUGAAGAGGGUGCAUGUUCCAGCACCCAAGAUCAAGGAAGUCCAGAGUGCUACCACAGGUUUGGGACUAACCCUGACCAAUUCCCUUACAGAAAGGACUCCACUUUUGAAACUUUACUUGGUCCUAAUUCCAGGCACCAGAUAGAUCAGUUUAAGUAGCGGUACUCUCAUAGAGUGCUGAACUUCCUCAACCUUCUUUUUAAAGCUCUGCCUUCACAUUCAGGAGCCCUGAAUGGACAUGUACCUAUCCCUAUCUCCCCCAGAUCUGAGAAAGACUGGUAUGGGGGAGGAAAGAAGGGGAAAGGCCAGUACAAGAGCAUCCCAUGUCUCGUUCCUUUGGUUUAAACUCAUUUCUGAAAUCAUUAUAGGACCUUCGAAGGAGUAUCUGAGGUCCUUUCCAUCUCUGAAUCCUGCACGCCUAGCACAGUGUUUGGCAAACACUAGGUUCUCAAUAAAUGCUCACUGAUCGUUCCUUCUCAUGUAUGCCAGCUCUCAUUCCCUAGGUGGGGACAAAUACUUUCUUUUCUCUUUGGCCCUUUUUCCAGGGAAUUGUGUUUGCAGUUGGAUUGAGGAGAAGGUUAUUCCACUUUGUUACUUCAUACAGAACAGAGAGUCAUGGGUUAACUCUGGCUUCUGCAUCACAUUAAGAAAAAAUCUUUUUUUCUUUUUUCCCCCCUUAAAUCAUGAAAUAUAUCCCAGAGUUCCUGUAGCUUCAUCAGACUAUUGGUGUGGAAACAGAAAGCAUCUGUGUGUUUAUUAUGUGUUUGUUUCACUCAAGAUUGAUACCCUUAACCUGUAGACCUGCUCCCCUUCCAAUCCUCCCCAUCACCACCAGCAAACCACUAAAGAUCACGGAGGUUGGCACUGGAGGCUGCUGAACCCAGACCCUUCAUUUCUCCCACCGUUCUGUAGCCUUUGGGGUUAUGGUUUGACUGCACAGCUGUGCAUAUUGGCUUGUUGCUCAGAAGGUCAGAAUCCUUGCUUUAUUUUGUUUUUAUGUUUUUGCCCUGAUGUUUAUGGCGGCAGCUCAGGCCUGGCUGUACGCUUCUAGUAUGGCACUCUGUGUCCUCAUUUUUCAUGUCCUUGUUUAACAGGCAGUGAAAUUCUGGUUUAAAUUAAGUAGCUGCAAAUGAGACAAUUUAUAACCCAUUAGGUUGGGAUGGAAAAUUGUUUCUCAAAAGCAAAUAAGUAAUAAAUCUGGUCUCUGCCUAUAACUCAUACUUGAUAAGAAAGUGGGCCCGAUCCUCUCCAGCAUCCCAGAUGCUAUUUUGCUCUGCAAGUAAUCUUGGAGGUGCUGGCUUUGUCUCUUAAAAGUAGUAACUGGGAAAGAGAUUGUUGUUACAUUACAGGGUAGAGUCUCCACUCUUUUAUCACUUUUCACUGAUGCUGCUUUUUAAAAAAUUGAUUUUGCUUUAAGAUUUCCUUCCUAUGAUGCAUGACAAGUGUAAUCAGCACCUGCCCUACUAUUUAUCUGUAUUACUCAUGCUGUAUUAUUUAAUUAUUCCUUUUGUUCCUUAGCAGCUUCUCGCCUCUCCUCACAGAUAUUCUUUAGCGUUAAGAUGCCAAGAUGGCAGUGACCAUGUAUCCCUUCAUAUGAAUUAAUAAACUAUUUUCCAAAAAAUGUUGUGUUCACCUCAGGAGCCCAGUUCAGUUCUAUUCAACUGUUCUAAGCAUUGGGAGCAUAAAGAUGGAGAAAGCAAACAUUCCUGUCUUGAAGGAGUUCACACUCUGGGGGAGGGAGUACA